AUGGACCAAAACACUCUAUUACUCUCUCUUCUUACCCUGUUUCUGGCAACCUUAUUACUGUUGGGAGGCUAUGUCCUAGUCAGUUUGACGGGUGACAAACGGUACAAGGAAGGGGAUGGGAUUGGCAAGUUGGUGCAAGUGUUUCAAAUCAUGACGUUUCGCGUCCAACCGAUUAGUCAACAACCGCGCAAAGAGUUUGUCAAGAUCUUGUCGCAAUUCAUUGACAAUUUGGCCCGUGAGGAAAACCAAACCGAGAUUGUAGGGGACGCCCAGUACAUAAAGAUGGAACUAUACCGUCGAAUGGUGGGAGAAACCUUCGACUUUCAAGUGCUGCAUGAUUUGACGCACUCCUUUGUCCUGAUUGCCAACUCAGAAUUGACCACCUGGGGGUACUUGACACUGCCCUUGUUAUUUAUCAAGAGUGGAUUUUGGUGGGAUUAUGAUUUGAAUUGUAUGAAGGGAGCUCUUACCGCUACACUGUGUACCAUUGCCACCUUGCCCCGAAAAGAGGGUGAAGACUUGAAAGAAAUGGCCUUGCGGUACAAAUUGGUACGGCAUUACAUGGAUAACAAUCCCUUUGUGGGAGUUACCGCAUGUCCCAUGUUGGAAGUCUGGAGCAACAUCAAGCUGCCGAAAAUCGUCAAUACGGACCAAGUGGAACUGGUAGGAGAAACCAUGAAAUAUGCAAAAGUGGUCCAGAAGAAACAAGUCAGUUAA